AUGCUUUGCCGCCAGCAUCUGUCUCGACAGCUUGCUGUCCGGGGCACGUCGAGAUAUGCACACAGAUUAAGUCCCUCGUCGAUUUCGCGGUUAUACUCCAUACAUACGAUUGCGCCGCGGGCUACCUCGGAAAGACACGUCGCGUGCUCAGCCUUGACCACCGCGGCAAGGCAAAGCACAUUGUCCUCGGCUAGUUUCUCGACGUCGACCGCUAGGUCCAAGGAGAAGGAUAAUGACUUCUUUGACCAGAAGAUCGAGCCAUUGUCGGAAGAGGAGGUCAAGGCCAACCUGAAGGAGCAAAACAAGUCUGAAGAGCUUGCCGCAGAAACCAGUGAAGCCAAGAGCACUGAUGCACCAUCAUCUGGCGCCAACGAGCAAGGAGAGGCGGCAGAUGGGAAAGGAAGCAGUGCUGCUGGCGGAGCAUCGUCUGGCUCUGGCAAUGAUGGCUCGGGAGACGGUGGACGAAAGGGUCGCAAGUCUGGAACCGAUAAAGCACUUCAGAAACCAGUCGUUCCGGAAGUAUACCCCCAGGUCAUGGCGAUUCCCAUCGCAAAAAGACCGUUGUUCCCUGGUUUCUACAAGGCAAUCACCAUCAAGGACCCUCAGGUCUCUCAAGCAAUCAUGGACAUGAUCAAGAGAGGUCAACCAUACAUUGGAGCCUUCUUGUUCAAGGACGAGAAUGCUGACGAGGAUGUUAUCCGGAACCCCGAAGAUGUCUAUGAUACUGGUGUCUUUGCACAGAUUACAAGCGCUUUUCCAGUACACGGAGAAACAACCAGCCUGACUGCCAUUCUAUACCCGCACCGACGUAUCAAGCUCUCCACCCUGAUCCCUCCUGGGGCUCAAGAUACCAAGGAGACCGAUGCGCCAGCCGAGCCUGCAGCUGAACCCGAACCGAUUCCUCCCAAGACCGACGAAGAGAUUCAAAGAGAGAAGAAAGGAGAUGUUGUUGCCAGUUUUGAAGAAAGUGCCGUUGCGCCCAAGCCAGAAACUCAAGCGGAAAAGUACGAACCCACCUCCUUUUUGAGGAAAUACAAUGUCAGCCUCGUUAAUGUCGAGAAUCUGGCCGAGGAACCAUUUGACCCAAAGAGUUCUGUCAUUCGCGCUGUUACCAAUGAGAUUGUCAAUGUCUUCAAAGAGGUUGCCACCAUGAACAGUCUCUUCCGUGACCAGAUCUCGACCUUCAGCAUGAGUUCAUCUACGGGUAACGUUAGUGCCGAGCCGGCAAAGCUGGCAGAUUUUGCUGCCGCCGUGUCUGCAGGAGAACCAGCUGAGCUGCAAGAGGUGCUUGCAAGCUUAAACGUCGAAGAGAGAAUGCAAAAGGCACUUGUUGUGCUGAAGAAGGAGUUAAUGAACGCCCAACUCCAGUCCAAGAUUACAAAGGAUGUUGAACAGAAGAUUACGAAGCGGCAACGAGAGUACUGGCUCAUGGAGCAAAUGAAGGGAAUUCGCCGAGAGUUGGGUAUCGAGUCUGAUGGCAAGGACAAGCUUGUUGAGAAAUUCAAGGAAAAGGCUGACAAGCUGGCGAUGCCCGAGGCCGUCCGCAAGGUCUUUGAUGACGAGAUUAACAAGCUUGCUCAUUUGGAGCCUGCUGCGUCCGAGUUCAACGUCACGCGAAACUAUUUGGAUUGGUUGACACAGAUUCCCUGGGGACAGCGGAGCGCCGAGAAUUUUGGCAUCCAAAAUGCCAUGAAGGUUCUGGACGAGGAUCACUACGGUCUGAAAGAUGUCAAGGACAGGAUCUUGGAGUUUAUUGCAGUUGGCAAGCUCCGGGGAACUGUGGAGGGCAAGAUUCUCUGCUUUGUCGGACCUCCUGGUGUCGGAAAGACAAGUAUUGGCAAGUCAAUUGCCAAGGCCCUCAACCGUCAAUACUACCGCUUCAGUGUGGGUGGUCUCACGGAUGUUGCAGAGAUUAAAGGUCACAGGCGGACAUAUGUCGGUGCCCUGCCAGGCCGAGUGAUACAGGCCUUGAAGAAGUGCCAAACAGAAAACCCGCUCAUUCUUAUUGACGAGGUUGACAAAAUUGGACGAGGCUACCAAGGCGAUCCCUCUUCAGCACUUCUCGAACUUCUGGACCCAGAACAAAACGGCUCAUUCUUGGACCACUACAUGGAUGUCCCAGUCGACCUAUCCAAGGUCCUGUUUGUUUGCACAGCCAACAUGACUGAUACUAUUCCACGACCUCUCCUUGAUCGUAUGGAAGUCAUCAGAUUAUCUGGGUACGUGUCAGACGAAAAGAAGGCGAUUGCCGACCGUUAUCUCGCCCCAGCAGCCAAGGAAUUGGCGGGCUUGAAGGAGGCGAACGUGACGCUGUCGGACGAUGCGAUCGACGAGCUCAUCAAGUCGUACUGUCGCGAAUCGGGAGUUCGCAACCUCAAGAAGCAAAUCGAAAAGGUCUUUAGAAAGUCUGCGCUGAAGAUUGUUCAGGAUCUUGGCGAGGAAGUUCUACCAGAGUCUGAGGCACUUACCGCAGAUGGCAAAGCUGCAUUUGAGGAGUCUGAAAAGGAGAAGGAGAAGAAAGAUAGGGACCCGGUAUCCUCUGAAGCCACUGAGCAAGAAACCACGGAGAAGCCUCGGGUCGCACUUAGUGUGCCCGACUCCGUCCAAGUAACCAUCGACAAGGACAACCUAAAGGACUACGUUGGCCCUCCAGUGUUCACGUCGGAUCGUUUGUACGAUGUGACGCCACCGGGAGUGACCAUGGGUCUCGCCUGGACUCAAAUGGGUGGCUCUGCCAUGUACAUUGAGUCGAUUCUGCAAUCUGCCUUGAGGCCUAGCAGCAACCCCGGCCUGGAGAUUACCGGAAACCUCAAAUCGGUCAUGAAGGAAUCAUCAACAAUCGCCUACUCGUUCGCCAAGGCUUUCAUGGCCAAGGAGUUCACUGACAACCACUACUUUGACAAGGCGAAGAUCCACCUGCAUGUUCCAGAGGGGGCUGUGCAAAAGGAUGGACCCUCGGCUGGCAUCACAAUGGCAACAUCUCUGCUGUCGCUGGCAUUGGACACGGCCGUCAACCCCACUGUAGCAAUGACAGGCGAGCUGACACUGACCGGAAAGGUGCUGCGGAUAGGUGGUUUGAGAGAAAAGACUGUGGCAGCGCGCAGGGCAGGCUGCAAGCUGAUCGUUUUCCCGGAGGAUAACAUGUCCGACUGGCUAGAACUUCCAGAGAAUAUCAAGGAAGGCAUCGAAGGCCGACCAGCCAGGUGGUACAGUGAUGUUUUUGACCUCGUCUUCCCCGACUUGGACAAGGAAGCAGCGAGCAAAUGCAAGAUCUGCGAGUGGAAGAAGGAACACGAUGCAAAGAAAGACAGCGACGACAAAUAG